CGCACCCUCCCGGACAUAUGCCAUACGCUGCAGCAAAAGGUGCUCGCUUUCCUCGACGAGCAGCUCGAGGAUCCCACGCUGCGAAAGGUCCAGGAGCAGGUCCGCAUCUCCAACGGCGUCAUUGAGGAUGCGUUGCGCCGAUAUGGCGCCGAACACCUCUCCAUCUCGUAUAACGGCGGCAAGGACUGCCUCGUCCUCUUGAUCCUCCUCCUCGCCUGUCUCCCCGCCGUCCACCCGUCCUCAUCCGCCUCCAGCGCCAACUCCGACUCGGGCUCUUCCCAGCCGAAACCAGAGCCCACGCCCAUCAAGGCGCUCUACAUCGUCUCCUCCAAGCCCUUCCAGGAGGUCGAGGACUUCGUCGCCUCCACCUCCAAGGAGUACCACCUCGACCUCGACCGCUACACCACCAAGAUGCGACCCGCCCUCGAGGAGUACCUUGCGAAACGGCCCGAGCUCAAGGCCAUCUUCAUGGGCACGCGCCGCACCGAUCCGCACGCUGAACAGCUGACGCACUUUGACGUUACCGACAAGGACUGGCCUCAGUUCAUGCGUGUGCACCCCGUCAUCGACUGGCACUACGUCGAGAUUUGGGCCUUCAUCCGCCAUCUCGAAAUUCCAUUUUGCGAACUGUACAACCAAGGCUUCACCUCCCUUGGCGGUGUGACGGAUACACGGCCCAAUCCGGCCCUGGCGGUUGGCAACGAUUCCACCAAGUUCCGACCCGCGUACGAGCUCCGGGACGAUUACGAGGAGCGCCUUGGUCGAGAC